UCCCGCCGCGGGGUCCCUGGGAGAUGAAAAUGGCAGCGCCGGGGCUGCGGCAUGGAAUGCGAAGACUGCUAGAGGUGUCGGCGGCGCUAGGGCGCGUAUGCCGAGCUUACAGCACGUCUCAGGCUUUUGCUGAGGUGCUUCGGCUGCCGAGGAGACAGCUGACGAAGCUGGUAUACCCGCUGCAGGAUCUCGAGCAGCACCUCGCGCCAGACGCGAGGUCGGACUUGUGCCUGAGGGUCUUCGAUCCGAGCCUGGAGGACUUGGCGAGGGCAGAGAGCUUCUUCACGGCCAGCCCCCGGAACCGCAUCGAGUACCUCAGCUCAGCCGUUCGACUGGACCACGCCCCGGACCUCCCCCGGCCCGAGGUGUGUUUUAUAGGCAGAAGCAAUGUUGGAAAAUCCUCCCUAAUAAAGGCUUUAUUUUCAUUGGCCCCUGAGGUUGAAGUCAGAGUCUCCCAAAAGCCGGGGCACACAAAGAAAAUGAAUUUUUUCAAAGUUGGAAAAUAUUUUACAUUGGUCGACAUGCCAGGUUAUGGCUAUAGAGCACCGGAAGAUUUUGUUGAUAUGGUAGAGACCUAUCUAAAAGAACGAAGGAAUUUGAAGAGAACAUUUUUAUUAGUGGACAGUGUUGUUGGAAUUACAAAAACAGAUAAUAUUGCUAUAGAAAUGUGUGAAGAAUUUGCAUUACCUUACGUGAUGGUAUUAACAAAAACUGACAAAUCUUCCAAAGGACAUCUUUUAAAACAAGUGCUUCAGAUCCAGAAGUUUGUUAACAUGCAAACCCAAGGAUGUUUUCCUCAGUUGUUUCCUGUAAGCCUACCUCAGCCCCAGACCACAACAGAAGUAAGAACGUUUUACCUUUUUAAAUCAGCUCAACAGCCACAAUAAAGAAGCUACCAACUGAAUUUCAAAUAAAAACAGCGUAUUUUUAUACUAGAAAGCUCAUGCAGGACGUGAGGAAUAAAAAAUUUUCCUUUAAAGGACUAUAACGGAAGGAAAAAUGUUUCCUGCAAGUUAGUUAGAAUUACACACUGAUAGCAAACAGAAUGCUUAUUUGCUGAGCUGUUUUUUGUUUUUUGUUUUUUUUGUUUUUUUUUUGUUUUGUUUUGGAUACUUUGAUGUGGUUUAGUGACAAGGCAAGAGUUUUUUUUUUUAAGAUUUAUUUAUUUAUUCGGAAGGCAGAGUUAGAGAGAAAGAGAGAGAAGGGGGGUGAGAGAGAGAAAGAGAGAGAGAGAGAUCUUUUGUCUGCUAUUUCACUUCCUAAAUGGCUCAGCCAGAACUGGGCUGAGCGAAAACCAGGAGCCAGGAGCUUCCUCCGGGUUUCCCACAUGGGUGCAGGGACCCAAGGACUCGAGCCAUCUUCUACUGCUUUCCCAGGCCACAGCAGAGAGCUGGAUCAGAAGGGGAGCAGCCGGGACUCAAACCGGCGCCCGUAUGGGAUGCCGGCACUGCAGGUGGUAGCUUUACCUGCUACACUACACCACAGCGCAAGCCCCCAAGGGAAGAGUUUAUAUUUUCGUUGCAUACUUGCGUGCAGUAAGCAAUGUGUACUGGGGCACAGAGGGUGCCACUGCUCUCUGAGUGUCUGACUCUGACUUCUUUGUGAAAGCAUAAUUAGUUAUUAUGAGGAAAUACUAGAAGUAUCACUUCGUUGUAUAGAGAUUGCCCCAUUUGAAAUGGCAGUCAUUUUACUAUCAAUCUUGAUAAGACUUAAAUUGUAAUUAGCAAGGUGUCUGUUGGAAUCCCUCUUCCGUCAGUCUGACAAAACGCUCUUCUGUGACUUCCACGCAGGUAUUAUUUCGCUUGUUUGUCUUUGUCCGCUGUACACAAUGGAAACUCCUAAGGUUUGGGCUCAAGUCCUAGUCCUUCUCAGAGUCCCGAGCAUUUUUAUAUAGAGACAGCCAUCUCUUUUACUUGUUUUUGAAGAAGGAAGUGAGACUACAGCUACACAGGAAGCACGAAUAGGAGAUGGGCAAAUUGUGCCUUACCAGCAUUUGUUGAAAAAAAAUUGUUUUAGUUGACUGUAAACUGAGUUUGAAGUAACAGUAUAUUGAGGUUGGGGAAAAACUGUUUUCCUGAGCUACAUUAAUGGAAUUAUGGAGUCCAAAACAAGGUUAUGAUUAAGCAGUAAUAUCCAAUGCUAUGCAGUCAGAUUGUGGCUUAAGAACUUUCUGAAAGCAAAUGGUCUGGGGGGAGUUUUGUCACUAGAUAAUUCAAAACAUUUAAUUGACCCUCAACAGUAAACAUCCUAUUAAAGUUGCAAGUCAGAGAAGUUGAGUGAGUUGCAGGGGCCUGAUCUGCGUCAUAGCAGGUAAAGCUUCCACCUGCAGCACAGGCAUCCCAUGAGCACUGUUUCAAGAACUAGCUGCUCAACUUUGACCCAGCUCUCUGCCUACGCACCUGGGAAAGCAGUGGAAGAUGGCCCAAGUCCUUGAGUCCCUGCACCCCACAGUGGGAGAUCCGGAAGAAGCUCCAGGCUCCUGGCUGUUGCAGCCAUUUGAGGAAUGAGCUGGCAGAUGGAAGAUUUCUCUCUCUGCCUCUGCCUCUCCCUUUCUGAAACUCCGACAUCCAAAUAAAUAAAUAAAUCUUUAAAAAAAAUGGAGUUGCAGAAAGGUAAGAAGAUACUUCACGAAGUUUAUGGUAGCAUGGAAUAAAAGAUAAUCUGUAUUUCCCAUAAGCUUUUUAAAGACCAAGGCACUGCAAAAGGUCCCACAGCACUUAGAAUCUACAAAUCAAGACAUGGGAGCCCAUUGCCUUCAAGAACUUCACCAUUUCCUAUACUGCAAUUGGAAAGGGAGGACAUAUAUACUUCUUGCUCUGACUUGCAUGACCAAGCCCCAAGCCAUCCCCCAAGCAGGGAGUCUGGUCUACUCAGAAAUGGUUCUUAUAAAAUGUCACAUUCUGUUUCCUUCUCUUCCUGUAUGCUUGUGGUAGGUGAAAGUAAAGUGCAGGGUAGAUAUCUAGUCCAGUAAGGUUUGGCCUGUGAGCCUGUCGGCAAAAGUCAAGUGCUAAUCUUCAUGUCUGAACUCUGUCCUAGCAGCGGAGAAAAGUAGAAAUGGUGAAAGGCCCUAAUUUAAGGGCUGUUGCUAGAAUCAGUCUGUUUUAUAAAUGGUCUGAUAUAAUUUCCUCUGUGCAUUUCUCUAUAUUGAUUCCAAGCAGAUGAGCAUGACUCUAAGGAUAGAGAAAAUACUAGGAACUGAUAGAAAUGUUGCAAAUGAGUUCAAGGUGCCAGUAUAAAAAUCAUUGUGGGAUGUUUUCAAGGAGGCAGUUUUAGCCAAAAAGUCUAAAGUGCUGUACUUUAUAAAGAAGAGAAUUAGCAAUAUAGCAGUCGUUUCACCUGUAUGGAACUUCCUAGUAUAUCCAUGCCUGUGAGACCAUGUGGUUAAUUAAUUUCUGUAUGUAUGGCUGGAUGAAUGGAUAGUGGAAGAUAAAUAUAAGAGACACAGUAAUGGUAAUGGUAACUUUAAAAAAACAAGUCAAAACCUCAAAAACGGUCUAAAUUAUUAAGAUGACUUUCACAAAAAAAAAAAAAAGAGAGAGAGAGAGAGAGAGAGAGAUAAAGACUUACUUUGGGAAAUAGAAAGGAAAAUACAGGAUAUGGCAAAAUUUUUAGAAUCACCAAGAAAAUAAAUGAAUUCAGAUCUGUUACUACCUCUGAAGUAAAAAAGAAAAUUAUUUUUCUCUUUUUACAGUGCUGUGACCCAUUCUGGAAUCCAUUUAUUAAAAUGCUUUAUAGCAAAUAUAACAGGAAACCUUGACU